UUUCAGUUCCGGGGUCGCUCACCACCAGCUUGCUGUCAGCAGGAGUAAGGUUAAUGUGUAAGUGGAUGUAGUGUCUGUGGAGCGCUGUGAUGCCCCUGGAGGUCAGAUGGCCGUUUCCACAUUGCCCUCCUCUGGCAUGGAGGAUGUCCAGCUCACUGGUUAUGGGGAUGGUGGGCUCCUAUUCCUACUUCUGGACCAAGUACAUGAACUACUUAACGGUGCACAACCAUGAGGUUUUGUUGGACCUGGUGGACCAGAGGCCCUCUGACACACCCCUCAUCACUAUGUCCAACCACCAGUCCUGUAUGGAUGACCCGCACAUCUGGGGUGUACUAAAGCUCAGACAGCUGUGGAACUUCAAUAAGAUGCGAUGGACUCCAGCAGCAUCUGACAUCUGUUUCACUAAAGAGCUGCACUCAAGAUUCUUCAGCCGCGGAAAGUGUGUUCCUGUCUGCAGAGGUGACGGUGUUUACCAGAAAGGCAUGGAUUUUAUUGUGGAAAGGCUGAACAGAGGAGAAUGGGUUCACAUCUUUCCAGAAGGCAAAAUCAACUUGACAGAAGAAUGUAUACGGUUAAAAUGGGGUGUGGGACGACUAAUAGCAGAGUGCUCCCUUAAUCCGGUUAUCCUGCCACUCUGGCAUGUGGGUUUGAGUGACGUUCUGCCAAACGAGAAGCCCUAUGUUCCUCGGACUGGCAAGAGAAUCACAAUCCUGGUGGGGAAACCGUUCAGUCUGAAAGACCUUGUUGAAUCACUCCGUGACGAAAACAAGAGCCAGAUGGAAAUGAGGAAGACCUUGACUGAUUUUAUCCAGGAGGAGUUUCUAAGCCUGAAAGCCCAGGCCGAGGCCCUCCAUGGGCAGAUACAGACCCAGUCCUGAGUCCCUGCUGUCCCUCCUGCUACAUGAUGAUCCUCUACCCUAAACUGAGGGUAACACCUCCUCUCCUGGAAGUCCAUCCGCACAUUUUCCGCUCCCUCCUUUUUCUAUACUGGAUCACACAUGUUCACUCUGAAAUUCCCUAUGAUCACACUUUUCUUUGCAUUUUGGGCAACGUUUUGGAAAGAUUUCCAAUUCAUGUUGGUGCAACAAAAACUUGUUUGUAAAUGUUUAAAAGCAGGCAUCUUAUAUAGCAAAAUGCAUCAUUCACUUGCUGCAAUAGGCUCUCAUCCACUAUCAUCCUAAAACAGGGUUAUCCGUUUAGAAUAGAUUUGAUAAUUGAGUUACUUGAAUUCAUACCUAUCAAAGCUGUGACCUUAAAGCAGACAGUCACUGAAUUGGUUAUAGGAGUAAAAUAUUUUUUGAAUGUUUGCGGCUUCAUUUGGGCAUGUAGUACCUUCAGAGUUACGUAAUUACUGGUCAUUCUAAUUGCUCAGAUGUGUUUUCAGUUCCCACCAGUACCAUAAUCAUUGGAUGAUUGUACAAUUCAGGAUUACAAUACAGGACGUAGUGUGUCCUUGAGAUGCAAACAAAUGAUAGAGCAGACUGGAGUCACUGAAAAUGAUUAUAACUUUAAGGUUUGGAUCUUGAAUAUCUAAAUCUAAAUUCAGUCCCCUGUGGAUAGUGGUGAUAACAGCAAGUGUAAUACUACAGCAAACACUUGUCUAGUAGCUACUUUCUAUAAGAAUGACAACAAAAGACAAGCAGGUGAAACCGUUUACAGCGCAGCCAAAUGAACUCAGGUUGUUUUGAUGAAGAAAUCAGCCUUAUUACAUCAUACUUUGAGUAACAGGCGCCUGAUUUCACAGCACAGGUAUAUUUCAACAUAACAGCAGGACACAGUAAAGCAGUUGGACUUCGCAGCCUUUUGCUAUCCACACUUACAGUUUUUACACGCAAGAAUUUAAAAAAGUUGUUGAACUUAUUCCCAACAUUAGCAGAAUCGAUCCAUAUUGGUGUUGUCUGGCGUCAGGGUUGAAUCAACCUGUUUGCCCACAAAACUGGUGUUUGUUUAAACUCUAUUUAUUAGUAUGCAGUGUGAUGUAGAUUUAUAAAUCUUAAUCUAAUGAAGACUUUUAAUCAGCACUGUUCUGCAUGGUUAAUAUUUACAGCUUAAGCAUGCAGAGUAAAUCAUUGAAAAGGUAGUAUGAUGAUAGUAGAUUCAUUUGCUUCUAUUAUGUCCAUGCCGCUUUGGGUCAACUGUGAAGUUAUAAUGUUAAGUGUACAUUUUAAAUUAAGUUUGCAAAUAUUUUAUUUUAGUAAUGUAGAUACUUUCUUUUCCAGAUGAAUUUCUUUAGAUCCAUUCAACCUGUGAAUGCUACAUCAUUACAGAUGUAUAUACCUUCUUUUAUCACAGAGAUCCAUCACUUUUAUAAGGGAGGAUCGGCCAUGGCGUAGUGAUCUGUGGUUACUAUCAAAUGUGUCGCCUUACUGUGAUUGCCAUUAUUUCCUACUGUAUGUGAAUGCCAAUAAAUAUUCAACUUUU